GUGCUACAUACAGUACCCUGCCUUGCCUGCCAGCCCUGCCCGCACAGCCAGAGACCAUCGCCGCCAUGUUCCAAAGCCCCAGCGCCAUGGGCUCGCACUAUCGAUCGGACCUGACACCAACAUUCUCAAGCGGACGGGUUCCUAACCUCCCAGUGGCUUAGAUCAGUGGGCUUUACUAGCUCAAAUAGUCGGAUGGAUCUCAGCCUCUGAGGACCUGUCACAAGAUUCCCAAGGGAGUGUUGAUCGUCUUCAGCCAACGAGCAUGGCGCCCGGUUUGUCUCUGUCAACGCGCUGCGCCGCGCCGCUGACAGCCACUGCAAGCUGCCCUGGCUGCCUGUCAUUCGUUCGCGCUGAUUAAUCGGCACCCUUCCAAUUGCCCAAUACUGCGCUGCACGCCUGCGCGAGCCUAAUUAAUGCAACCCCCAAAAAGGCUGGGCGCGCUGCUGGUUGCUACAAAACAGCACUCGAGGCGGAUGCAAUCAAAGGAGGGUGGGUGGUACUUCUGUGCCAAUAUAUACACUGCAUGGCCCGCCCCGAUGCCGAACAUGGGAACUGCUGUUAUAACGCAUCUGGUUUAAACAGUCUACAAUUCCCAGUCAACUUGCAACCGACUCAAUCUGCCUCGCGCACCAGUUUCUUCGGGAACAAUCGUUCGGUAUGGAUCCGAGAGCCGACCAAUGCCGCCAAUACAAGCCGAAACGGAUUUUCAUAUGCUGUGAUGGGACAUGGGUCAAUUCUCUGGGCCCAAAGGAUGAGCCCCCAUCUAACGUAACUAAGCUCUCACGAAGCCUGAAGCGGUUUUGUAAAGAUGGGGCCAGCCAGAUAAUCAUGUACUCUCCAGGCGUGGGGACCGGUCCCUCCAAGCUCGACAUGCUCACCGGAGGCGCAUUUGGUGAAGGAUUGGACCAAGACAUUCGAGAGUGCUACAAUUUCGCUUGCGCCAACUAUGUAGAUGGAGACUCAAUCAUCUUAGUCGGCUUUUCAAGAGGGGCUUUCACUGCUCGCUCCGUGGCAGACCUGAUAGCUUCGGUCGGACUACUGACGACAGAAGGCAUGGACAGGUUCUUUCCGAUCUUCAGGGAUUAUGAGAACAUAGGCGACGAGAAGCAAUCUACAAAGGAAUUCCUGUUUCCCGACCUCAAACCUUAUAACGGGGAGAAGGGCCCGGCCAAGGUUCGAUGGGAGAGUGAGCGCAAGGAUCAAUACAAGCAGUGGUUGAAAUCCAAAUCGUGGACGCGCGAUACUUAUCGCGACAACUCGACCGAAAUCAGAAUCAAAGCUGUGGCUGUAUGGGACACGGUCGGCGCUCUUGGGAUUCCUCCUGCGCCCGUAUUUGGGAUUAGAGGAUCGGCGGACCAAUGGAAGUUCACGAGCACCCAUGUCUCAAGCAAGGUCGAGAACGCAUUUCAAGCCUUAUCGCUGGACGAACCCAGAGCCGCCUUCCGCCCUGCGCUGUGGGAGCGUCUCGAAGACAAUAAAGUGACGAACCUGAAGCAGGUGUGGUUCCCGGGAAACCACGGUGACGUCGGAGGUGGCUGGUAUGAUCAGCAGAUGUCAAACAUCUCGCUUGCCUGGAUCUGCGAUCAGCUCAGCACUCUCGGCGUCGAGUUCAGCGCCCGCCGCCUCAUGAGAACUUUUGUUGACGGCCUUCGUUACAAUGCGGCUCAUCCAUACCCGUACAUCCCUCCACCGACAUCUCUUAUACCAAGCUUCGUCUGGAAAUCCCUCCUCCAGCAUCGACGUCCAAGCCCUAAGCCAUGGGCUUCUUCGCCAGCCCUCUGCCCGCCCCCAGCCAAGGAUCAGACCAUAGACACAGAGAACUGCCCAGGCAAAGAACACCAUCCAGAUGGUAGCCCGCAACAACUGUGGGAGGUUGGCCACCCCCGUCCCUGGGGCCUAGGGCAGACCCGGUACCCGGAGAGCAAGCUCCAGCUUGCGACAGGCACGAUCGUCCGGCACCCGGGCUGCUUCACGAGGGCUGACCCAGACAGUAACGCCGACACAGAUGAUCCCCUCACCAACACCGACGAGCGGAUCCAUAGCUGCGUGCGCCUGCGCCUCGUGUGUGGCGGGAUGGACAUGGACGACCGCGGCGCGUGGCCGUGCUCGUCGCUCCUGCGAGAAGAUGGUGGGUCGGGCAGGCCGGUCUGGAGACUCGAGAAGGCUGAUGUCGCCGAGGUUGAACGGGCAACUGGGCCGCAGGCGGCGUGGUGGGAGGAGGAGGUCGAGAGAACUGGGAUGGGUUACGAUGAGAACUGGAUGUAUAGGUUCCAGAGGGGUGAUGGACAGUGGCGGUGGGUAUUCAACCCAGAUGCCGUGGUCAAGAACGCGGCAGGCGUUGCUGUGAGACCUUCUAUGAAGGUUCUUCCUGAAGAGCCGAUGACAGGCUACUGGGAGAGGCACCUGUUGGCCUUGACGAGAGGCCAGACAGACGUCUGGAGAUGGGCGGAGGUGAACUCAAAUGAGUGGGCGACGGGGGCCGACGGCGUCAACUCUAGUAAGGCGAUUUGAUUCGGCCAAAUAUGGGUCCAUUUGGGGAAGAUAGUGCGUUUGUCCAAAUGUUGUAUCGCUAAGCCUGGUAGUAUUUGUUAGAUCGGGAAGAAUUACCGCACUCACAAUGAGCAGGGGCGGCAGCUGAGGAUGACUUGACAUACCUUAGACCACCGUAUACUAAGUCAAGCCGUAUAUCAUCACGCUCAUUCAGCCCCCGAGAUUAGCUCUCAAACGUGGGUCUGGUGGUGUCAAAUAUCGAACAGCCUUUGUUGUGA